AUGUCACGUGAUGUCCCUAUUUCCGAUCAAAAAGAUAGAGGUGAGACGAACAAACCAGUAAGAGGACUACUCACAAUGAUUACACUGCUUUCAUUCAUCGGGGUGGUCGCUGUAAUGCUUGCCACGAAUGGCGUCACGUCACUACCAGUGGAUUUGGCCAAGAAAUCCUCGAACGAUUGCGGCAAGUCUGUAGUCUGCAAUUGUAAUUUCCAUGCCAAUGGGCAUGCCAGGGAAUCGGGUGUCGUUAUUGCAGAGAUAAAAGAGUUAAAAACAAAAAUGGAGGACCUUAUUGCAAUUGUAAACACAACAACCCUUCUGAAACCACUACCUACAACACCAGGUAAAAUAAUUCAAUCUUAAUUUCAUUAAGCGUGAAUUUAGUAAUAACCAUUGCGGUUUCUGAGUUUCUGCUUUAUUUUACAUUGAAGGAAUUCCUGUCUCUUCGUGCAAGGAACAAUACGAUAAAAACAAGUAAGAACAUAUAAAAACACUUAUGCAGUAAUCUGUCACUGUGGGUUCAAACUGUGACAGGUAUCAAAACCCAAAACACCAAAAGGAAAACGCCAAAUCAAGCGAAAUGAGAAGAAGGAAGUGAAAGAGCGCACGCGAGAAUUUUGACAGAUCUGAAAUCCCCCUAUCAUAUGUCUCCCUCAAAAGCUUAACUGUUGGUCCCUUCAGGGGUUACCACAGGUGUUAGGGGGUGGGGACGUGAUAAAUAUGCAGUUUCGAUAAGGGUUGAUUCAUGUAAAAGAAAAUGCGGUUUCAAUCGAAAUAUCCGGAUUCUGGCCUAAGUUCUGCGUGACGGGGUACUAAAUGGUGUGCAACCAGGAAUUAUACAUAUUUGACCACUGAUACAUCUAAUCAAACAGUCUUUUUAAAAGUUGUUUCCUAUUGUCUGCCUCUCCUGAAACAGGUCAUUGAUUAGUCAAGUAUACAAAAUUAACUUUGGUUCACAAGAACUUCCUGUGUAUUGUCAUAUGGGAAACUUUGGAUGCGGUGAUGGAGGAUGGACAAUGGCCAUGAAGAUUGACGGCUCUAAUUAG